GGCCAGAGAUCAUUUGGAGAAAACUCCGUUUCAACUUGCUUUGAAAUCAAAUGACAAACGAGCGUUGGCAUUCAAGCAUUAAUUGUAAUUCUGAAGUCAGAGUUCACGUUCUUUUUCAUACGGCGUUUGCGUUGUUUACGUUGCUCCCUGUACAAGGCCCUCGUGUGCGAUUAUUGGAAUUGAUCUUGUCUGCAUUAGGUUGUUGUUGAGCGAGGGUGCACUCACCGUUAUGCGGUGGCAUUUGAGCAAUGAGCGCACUUUCCCAGAAUAGAGUCUGUAUCAGCACAUCGCAUCACUUGCCUGUCACCUCCUGGCACAAAUCAUCUGCCUCGAAAACAAGUGUUUUUUUUGUGUUUCCAUAUUACCAAACAGAGCUUUUUCUACUGGGUGGAAAAACAUAGAAUGUAGAAUUUGGAGCGUACAGCUACGUGGACUUGAGAUAACUGAAAAAGGGAAACAAGAGCGGCAGAUGCAUGAGAAAGAUUAGCGCGCUCGUCUGAAGUUGUUUGAGCAUGUGCAAGUUAAGGGGAAUUAAUGACGGAGCAGACCAACACAGAAGAAGAAAGUCAUGUUUUGAUGUAUGGGGGUUAAUGUCUCUUUGUGUAGAGAUGGCAAGAGGUUCAAGAGAAAGACUUUUGGAUGCAGUUCACGGCAUAUAGGCACAACAAUACAGCCAUUCCUCCACAUUCAUGUUAUGAUCGGUUUAAUGUAACUGACCGAUCAGUUAUCCUUCAUCGCGCGUAGUGUCGAACCCACAGAAUUAUCGCUCAACUUUACUGUUUAGUUUCACUCAAACCACUGCCUAUAUUGUUUUUGGCUGCAGAAUGGAGCUGUUAUCUACAAAAAAAAAAGCCCCUUUUGCUGCUGAAAAAGCCAUUGUACGAACACAGUGCAGCAUUUAGCAGCUUCAGAGCCAGACUUUUCCACAACAGAGACCAAAACAGAGCUAAAAGUGGAGUCAAUGUUGGACUUCCAUCAGCAGCUGGCCAGAAACACGACUCCAAAUCAAAACUAACGUUGCUCCCAAGUGGCCAAAAAGGAAUUUAGAACAGCACAUGAUAUCAUAUGGAAGCACUGGUGUUAUGUAUGUGUUUUAUAUGUUGCUUUAUAAAAGUGUUGUUUAUAUGUCCUCUGAGUUGUAUAAUUACAGCAGUUUGGUGAGUUAUUUGCUAAAUGUACCGAAGGCACUUUUCUGGCCCGCGAUCCUCCUUUUUUUAGAUGCAUAUCAUGUACAAAUCAUAUGCAAUAAUUAGUUUGCUGGUUUUAUGAAGUUAACCUGACUGCUGAUCAAGUGGCCCCAUGCGGGGUCGCAGCCCGUGUUGCAGGAACGCUGUGCUGAGGAAAGUUGAGCUACAGCUUGAAUGUCAUUGAGGUGAUUGGCGUCAGCACACGAGUGUCAGCAGUAAAUUUUGACUUUAUGGAUUUGUCCUUUCACAAAUCAGCUCUGAUCAGACGGAAUGACGCAGCGAUGAGGGUUUAGUGUACGUUCCCGACAAAAGAGGAGGGAAUUUCACACAUAAGUGUGCAUGUUGAGGGAAUGAGGAUCUGGUAUGCAAUUAUAUUAUAUUGACAGAAUUCAGUUUGUAUUCAAAGUACUAUCUUAUUACUGGUAGUUGCCUCAACCUGUGACCCACGUUGCAACACCUCAGCCACAGCUCUGCACUGCAAAGGUGUGAGCUAAUACUGUCACUGCAGAUGGUCAGGGUGUGGGCUAAAAGAGGCUUCUGCUUUUUUUUUUUUUUUAUUUAAUGCUGAAUUCAUGACCCAGAUAUGCAGCAGCUUCCGAUCUGCAGAAGAUCAUUUCCUGACAAUUUUAUAUUUUCAUUUGGGAAGUUCGCUCCUCAAACUUUUUGCUGACUUUCAUUUUUUUUCGCCUGAGAGCAUGCAAGGUUGGCUCAGAACGUGGUGAGUCAGAGCGAGUUUGAUAGCUCCUCUGAGCGUGUGAACGCGGAGCCGUGACCCCAAAAUGCAAAUGCCAGUUAGCUCGAGGAGUUUUAAUGAUAGUUCCGUGUCGGUAUAUGAGCCUCCGGGGCACCUGAAUGGAAAGACUGAAUCACACAUGUAUGUGAAAUAAUUGAAAAUAAAAAAACAUCUGGAUGAAUGAAUUCACAGUCAACGUGUGCAUGUAAAUCUCUUUCCUCGUAUCGAUCUUGGUCACAGUCUUCUGUGGUGAUGAGAUGCGACACAUGCAGCAGUGUGUGUGUGUGUGUGUGCUGCUAUGUAACCAAAUACGUGAAACAGGAAACUGUUGGUGCGUCUGCGCCGUGGUUUCUUGGUGUGUUCAUGUUUGUGUGUUUUCCUUUCCCCCGUAGUGUGUCGCAUAACCUUUGGUUGUCUUCUCACACACGACCACAGAUAACUAAUUCUGCUUAUCAGCAGCUAACAGGUUCUCCAGCUGAAGCUACAGCAGAGAAGGUCCAGGGAGGAGUUGGUCAACCAGGGGAUCAUGGCACCCCUGAAAAGUUCAGCUUCCUUCCACGAACAGAGACGGAGCUUGGAACGAGCUCGGACUGAGGACUAUCUCAAGAGGAAGAUCAGGGCUCGACCGGAGCGAUCCGAGCUGAUCAGGAUGCACAUCCUUGAGGAGACGUUGGCGGAGCCGUCGCUUCAGGCCAGGCAGCUGCAGCUGAAGAGAGCUCGCAUUGCCGAUGAUUUGAACGAUAAGAUCUCCCACCGGCCGGGGCCCAUGGAGCUGAUCCACAAAAACAUCCUGCCUGUUCACUCCAGCAUUAAGCAGGCUAUCAUAGAGACACGGUUUCCAAAGGCUUCAGGUGAAAACUCGUCAUGUGACGACGACAGCAAUUACAGUCUGUCUCCAGAAGAGCCGGUGAGCCUGGAGUCUCCUCUGGGUCUGCUGCCUCUGCCCUCUCCACCAGAGACGCUGGCUGGCAGCAGCGUCCCAUCUCCCACACAGGUCUCUCCUACUGCUCUUGCUUUCCCACCAAUCUCUGGAUCCUCCCCCGCAUUCAAGUUGACCAAUGGGACGGCAGCAUCAUCCGCCCAGAGGACAGCAGCGACUUCACAGAUCAAGUCCCAGCCUAAACCAAACUUUGACCGCUCUGCACAAAGACACAAGAAACCUAAGGACAACAAGCCAAAGAUUAAAAAGUUAAAGUACCAUCAGUACAUCCCUCCUGACCAGAAGGGAGAUAAAGAGCCUCCUCCCCAUCUGGACUCAUCUUAUGCCAAAAUCCUCCAGCAGCAGCAGCUCUUCUUGCAGCUCCAGAUCCUCAGUCAGCAGCAGCAGCACUAUAACUACCACGCCAUCCUGCCUGCACCACCCAAGUAUGUUUUUUGUGUGUGUGUGUGUGUGUGUGUGUGUGUGUGGAUGCUCAAGCUUGUAGUGUGCAGUAACACCUGGGGGGGGCUGGUAUCUUGUGUAAAGACCUUCUCUGACUUUCUCUCCAACAGACCUCACACAGAUCAGCAGCCAUCUUCCUCUUCCUCCUCCAUUUCCACGACUACUUCCUCCCCUCCUCGACCUGUCGCUGCCCCUUCAAAAGCUCCCUCUCACCAGGGCGGACACAUCCGUCAGAGUUCUGCUGCUCUGCGUGGGACAAGGCCUGUCUCUUUACCUCCGAACCUGGAUGAAAUGAAGGUCACGGAACUGAAGUCCGAGUUGAAGCUGCGCAGCUUGCCAGUCUCCGGAACCAAAAACGACCUCAUCGAGAGGCUGAGGACCUACCAGGAGCUGAAUGGAGGCAGUGACACUACCUCCUCUCCAACAGCAGGGGGUACCACAGGGCCAGGGGCCGAGGGAGCAGGAAAAUCCUCCAAAACUGCUGCGGCAACCCCCAACAACACAUCACAACGACAGCAACAGUUUCAGUGCCAUCAGACAUCCUCUUUGACUGCUGAUGCAGGUAGCUCUGCAGCCACUCCUCAGCAGCUCAUGACCUGUGGAGGCACCGCGUCCCCCCCGACCGCCUCACUCACACACUCCGACUGCUCGCCGGGCGCCAUGAGCCCAGAAGAUAGCAGCUUUAACAGCGACCCCUUGGCGGAAAUGAUGAGUUCACAUAUCACCCAGGUGAGCCUUCCGCCAUGUUCAGCUGCUCAGCUUGCAACCAGCAUUAAAGAGGAGCUGAAGUGUUCCGGGCUAGCGCCAUCUCGGUUCUCUUUGAAGCAGGCCUCUCUGCAGAAACACUGCCUGGUCCCAUCGACGGCCCUCGCCACGACAGCCACUGCUCCAGUGGUGAGUGUGGACAAGGACAGGAUGCUGCAGGAGAAAGACAAGCAGAUCGAGGAGUUGACCAGGAUGCUGAGGCAGAACCAGAGGCUGGUGGAGGUGCUGAGGAUGCAGCUGGAGCACGGGAACCGAGGAGGACCGGAGCCGCUGGUUCUCGUAAGAGUUAAACAAGAACCUCCUGAUGGACCCAGUGUCCCUCUCUCUUUUGGCCAUCCACCAUUCUCCCCUCCUCCACCACCAUCCGUUUGUGAGAUGGAUGUUAUCAAGGUUACUGUCAAACAGGAAGCAAUCGAGGCAGAGGACGUUGCGUGCGGGACAACGAUGCAAUUACGAAAAAUUCAUGGAAUACCGUGGUCUUUGGCUCGGACUCGGGAGGGACACGAGCAGGUUCAGCUCCAAAUCAAGCCGGAGCAGAUGAGCACACAGACAAAACAACAACAACACGUAUCUCUGCAGCAAACCGCUCUGCAGCUGGCCCAGCAACAGGCCAUACAGAAACUUUUGCUGCAGCAACAACGCAGCUUUCAGAACGAGCAGACGGUCAUUCAGAACCGCAGUCAGAUGCCGGAAAGCCUGCAAAAACUUUCUCAGCAGAGAAAGAAGAAGUCUCACAAACAGCAUCUCAAACAACUACAGCUGCAGCAGCAACUGUUGCAGUCACAGCAGCAGCAGCACCAGCAGCAGUCAAAGCAACAUCACCAGCAGAUGCAGCUAAAGCAACAGAUUCUGCUGAAGCAGCAGAAUUCAUUUUUACAGCAGCAGCAGACUAAACAACUGCAACAAAUCCAGAUACAGACAAAGAUCCAGCUGAAGCAACAACAGGUGCUGAUACAACAGAAACAACAGGCGCAACAGCAGCCGCCACAGGUGUCUCAAGCGUCCUUCAACCAGCACUCAGUCCCUUCUUUCCCACUGGACCUCCUCAAGAGCAACUCCACCACGACUCUGGUCACAGACAGCAACGGCAACCAAUUCCUGGUGGCGCUGACCAGUCACAUCACUGAGAACCAAGGGACCGAUGCACCUGGGAGCAAAGCAACCAAUCAGAUCGCACUGCAGCGACUACAGUCUACUCCAGCCAGGCUCCCUGACCACAACCCUGUUAAUCAAACCAAACAGAGUAUGCACAAAGCAUUUUUCAAACAACAAGAGACAAAGCCACAGAACGGGGCACUUGAGGUCUCUGUAGAGCAGCCUCAGCAGGACGUUGUUCUGUGUUUGUCAGCACCUCCCGGUCCGCAGCCUUCCUUCAAGGACCAGGAAACCGCCCCCUCAGAGAAAAACACCUCUUCACCAUCCUCUCAAACUGAGCGGUGUCCCAGUCUGGAUGCCUUGUUUAGUCCUCUGUCUCCAGCUUCCAACGAGACAGCUGCCUCAUCGCCUGAUGACAAAGAUACAGAGCAUGAAGAGGAUUUUAUUGACAUCAUUUUGCAGACAGGAGAAAUGUCGACAGCUUUCCACCCGGCGCCAGACCCUUCUCUGGACCGUCUGAAUCCACACUCCUCUUCCUCUUCUCCUCACCCCUCCCCAUUCCAGCUGAUGCUAUCCCCCACCAUACCUCCGUUUUGUGACACCCAACAGUCGGCCUCCUCGAUGCAGUCUGAUCUCCAGACUCUGGCCGACACCGUGGACGAGGAACGGCACCUCGGCAGCGCUGAGAGUGGCCGCCUGGAGGACUUUCUCGAGAGCACCACCGGUAAGCCUCUGCUGGGGGUGGAGCCUGGAGGCCUGUUGACUUUGAUUGAUGACCUCCACAGUGAAAUGCUGUGCACCCCCAGCAUCCUGGACCAUCCCUUGUCUCCCAUGGAUACCUUCGACCUGGAUAUGGAGGAGGAGCAUGGGUUGGACAGUAUGGAUUGGUUGGACCUCACCAUGGGAGGAGAGAGGGGAGAGGAAACCACCACGCUGGCCCCACUUGGCCCCCAAACACCCACUAGUGUCUUUUCCACGGACUUCCUGGACAGCUCCAACCUGCCGAUACACUGGGACUCCUGCCUAUAGCCUACAGCAGUCGAGAAACAAAUACGGGGCUCAGUUGCACUCACUCACACAGUCACACACAUGCACCAAAAACAUGUAAUUUACUGCUGAGGCGUCAGUAUCUGAUUAGAGCACUCUUUCUGAGUCUUCUCACACACUGGUGUAUUGAAUCUUUAAGCGCUUUGACCUUUAUUUAUUUAAUUUACACGCUGGUGUAUUGAUUUGUGAGCAGACACUUACUAGGCAGGUCCUAUAUCUGUUCUUGCUGCUUUAGCAACAGUUUUGUCAACACAAAGAGGGACUGCUGUGGAUUUUGAUCCGAAUAUUGAUGAGACACUUUUAACUGAGCCGUGAACCCGCUGCUGACAUAUAAACGAAUCUCAUCUGUUCUUGUCACCGUGUUACAGGGAAUGCAUCAGUUUGACCUUGGUCUAAUUAGGAGUGCAAAUCCUUAGUGGCCUUGUGUAGUAAUGAUAAUCAAUAGUUUACCACUACAGCCAAUCAAUAACCAAUAAGUUUAGGUGAAAGACAAUGAUUGUCUAGCAACAUCAUCCAGACGAGCUGCACUCUGAUGCUAUAAAUUCAGAAGAUGUUGUGAUUCUGAAUCUCAUGUUUUUCGUAUCAGUUUCUGCAGCAUUGUGACAGUUACAGUCUCCACGUUUUAGACAUAAUGUUGGUUCUUGUGCAGGCUACUGCAUUAAAUGCGUUACUAUCGUUUCAUCCUAUUUGCUAUUAAUGAAAAGGACAUUACAUACAUAACACAAGGAACUCAUAUUUUGUGUUGAUUUUGGUGGCCCCUGUGGACAAAAGGGAUAGUGUUCAAAAUGUACCAGUGUCAAGAUUCAAAUAAUGCUUUCCUCAAGACAGCCAAUCAAGCUGCAGCACGGGCGACCACAACCAGGAAGUGCUAAAAUGAGACUGAUGACAAUUGUUUGUAGUUUAUAAUCUGUCAAGGUAGGAAAAAAUACUUUUUUCAACCAAUUAUUUUUGGUUUAGCUGCGUUCAGAGCAGGAGUGACGUUACCUGCAUUCUAUUCAGAAUAAACAUUUUAAACCGCAUACAUUUCAAACAAAUUGACAUUUCAGAUUCCUGCAGAUAUUGAUAACAAAAUAUUGUUCAAUGUUAAAUAUUAGAUUGAUGUUUAAUAUUUGUCCACAUUCAAAAUGUUUUUUAAAAGAAUUGCACUUAUUUUGUUACCUGAAAUAAUGCAACUGUAUAGAUGAAUGAAUGUCUCUGGUUUGAAGUCUUCUGAAUGUAAAUAUGGGAGUAAUGUCACUUCAUCUUAGAUGAACUACACAGCUCGAUCAGAGCUCUACACUUUGUGCCCGCAAGGCUUCGUGUCUCCUCGAAGCAUGUACAGUAACCGUAGUGCAGUUUCACUCCCUUUCCAUUUGCACUCGUUUUUGUUUUCUGCAUGUGUACACACGUUAUUAUAGGAACAGAUAACUCCUGCGGUUUAAUAGAUUCUUCACAAAUGCCUUCUUCAUACGGAUUUUUAUAGUUAUUUAGUUGUUGCUCUCCGUGGUGAUAUGUGGCUAUCCUGUACUGUAUCAGUACUUUUGCCAAUGCGGAUCUCUUUGAGAUAUUACAAUGCUGUAAUAUACAAGUUUAGACACUUACAUUGUUAUGAGAUGCAGUUAUUUGUCUUUCUAUUUUAUUUUUUUUUUCUCUGUGGAACACUGGUAAAACAGCUUUGUGUUUACUGUGACUAAUUCUGACAAAAUGUCUGUAUUGUGAAUCCAAAACCUCUCUUGAGAAAACCUCGGAGACGUACUGCAAAAACAAACACAAGUUUAUUUUUGAUUCACGUCGUUUUUGUUACCACAUACAAACUACAAACCAUUAAGAGAUCCUUUCGUAAUGUGUUUUUGAAACUGUGAACUUCAGCCUAUUGAAGGCUUAGCCUAAACCUAAGCCUAAUAAAAUAAGUUACUAUUGUGCAACAAAACUCUUUAUCGGUUAUGUAGUACAAAUGCAACAAAAAACGAUGUAUUGUCUUGAUUUUGUUAAUAUAAAUAACGUUUGAAGGGAGUAUCCUGUAUAUAGUCGGGCAUCGUAUGCCAGACCUCGGCUAAAUACUGCAAACUCGGUUAUUUUCUAUAGUUAUAAUUACGUGCGUGAUUCACUCACUUCUUAUGUGGGUUUUUGUUCCUUUGAAGGAAUUUUCAGUGCCUUGCAUGAUGUAGCAAAUACAACUCUGACCGACUUAUGUAGACUUUCAAAUAAGAAGAAUGUCUGUUUUCUGCUGUAUUCUUCCUGUCAGGGUCGAGCCACUCCAUGUCAAUGAUCGUUUGAGCUUUUUGUGUACUUUUAAUUGUAUUUUUUUUUUUUUUCUAAAACAAAAGGGGAUUUGUUAAUAAAAGAUAAUUAAGCCUGUUGUGGUAAGAUUAUUUCAUAAUUAUAAACAGUACAGGAUAAUUUGGGGGGUGGGGGGGUUAACCUGCCAUCCCCCUUGUUAACCUGCCAUCCCCUCUCUCCAUCUCCUAGUUGUAGAGAAGGUGCCGGGACAGAGGGUUGCUCUGUUCAGCAUGUUAGUCGAGUCUGUCUGACUUAUUGAUCCUUUAUCUGGCUGAAGUUUGUGCAAGUUAGUGUUUCCACAUUUGAAUAGUGACACACGCACACAUACACACACACACAUCCUUUCCAGAACAGGAUAUGGGUGGACAUGUGAGGGAGGUGGAUGAUUGGCUGACAGCAAAACUCGAGCUACUAAUGGAGGGGAGCAGAGGAUACCAGACUAACAUCUUUUCCACAGUGGGCAUCCCAGGCCUCCCACGGACAAAAGAGAGUGUGUGUUUGUGUGUGUGUGUGUGUGUGUGUGAAUAAAUAGCUCCCAAAUCAGCAGUUUUGCUCAAUCAUGCACAACCACGUGCUAUAAUAAGAUAGUGUGUUGAAAGCCCCAAAAUAUCGUGAUUUUGUUGGAAAGCAGACUUGUAGAUGUUGGUCUUGCUGGUUGUUCUUCACCUCCAUUGCGCCGUCUUUUCCCCAACUUCCUUUCUUUCUUCUUCAAGCUUCUCCGGCAGAAGCUAGAACUGGAGUGGAGUGAAUCGUAAAAAAAGCUGAAAACAAACCGCUGACUCCUCUUCUGCAGAUGUUUAUAAGAGUCUUUCUUUUUUAUUCCAAGCCAAACAAAUUGCAAACUUCUGAUCUGCUGUGUCCUGUCAACCCACUUUCUUUUGCAUGCAUAGCUUGUCAUGAGCCAGAAGUGGAGGGCUACACAGAAAUCCACGCACACACAAAUUCAUCAACACACGCAAACACACACACACACACACACACACCUCUAAAUCCGACCCUAUAAUGUCGGACUGGGCUUAGAGGAAGUUUUGCCGUUGGGCAGCCUGAAGUAACUCUGCAGAUGCUUUGAUGCAUCUUAGCACAGCAGUGGGGGGUCUGCUUGUGAUGUGGAAGUUUGUUAGUGUUUGCAAACACACACACAGAAACACGUGCAUGCACCAACACACAAAGAGGAAACAUGGAUUUAUUCAACACAGUAG